AUGGCCAAGAACCUCCAGUCAAAGUUGAGCACCAAAGAUGAGAUCCGCAUCUUCGAUAUCAACAAGGACGCUGUCUCGAACCUGGCUAAGGAGAUGGGACAGUCGCAGACUGGCGGCGCCAAGGUUGCCAUUGUGGACAGCGCGAGGGAUGCCUCGACAGAAGCAGACACCGUUAUAACAGUUCUACCAGAACCAUCCCACGUAAAAUCAGUUUACAAGUCUAUCCUCACAGACCUCCCCUCUCGUCCACGCAUCUUCAUAGACUGCUCCACAAUCGACCCCUCGUCCUCCCGCGAAGUCGCCGCCUCCGUCGCAGCAGCACAGCCGUCGGGCAUCUUCGUCGACGCCCCCAUGUCGGGCGGCGUCGUUGGCGCCACGGCCGGCACUCUGACGUUCAUGCUCGGCUGCGAAGAAUCCCAUCUCGCGCGCAUCGAGCCCGUCCUUCUCCGCAUGGGCCGGCGCGUGCUGCACUGCGGACCGCAGGCAACCGGUCUCUCCGCGAAGCUGGCGAACAAUUAUCUGCUGGCGAUCAACAACAUCGCCACUGCCGAAGCGAUGAAUCUCGGUAUCAAGUGGGGACUCGAUCCGAAAGUGCUUGCGGGCGUGAUCAACGUCAGCACGGGCAAGUGCUGGCCCAGCGAGGUGAACAAUCCUGUCAAGGGCGUCGUCGAGGGAAGCCCGGCGGGGAGAGAUUACAAGGGCGGUUUUGGGAUUGGGCUGAUGAAGAAGGACCUUGGGCUUGCUGUUGUCGCUGCCAAGGAGGCCGGGGCGAAGUUGGAGCUCGCUGACCGCGCGACGGAGGUGUACGCUUCUGCAGAGGCGGAGGAGAGGUGUAAGGGGCGAGAUUUCUCGGUCGUUUACCGAUACCUUGGAGGUGAAAAGUCAUGA